CCUCUUAAGAAGUGCUGAGAUCAGUGGACUUUGGAGCCCGGACAAUAACGGCAGGUAAGGGAAGGGUGCGCGAUUCCGGCUGGCUGUCAGCGAGAGCGGAGCACGGAGCGGAAUGGCAAAAUUCCUCACGCAAGAUCAAAUACAUGAAUACAAGGAGUGUUUUUCACUCUAUGACAAGAAGCGGAAGGGGAAGAUAGAAGCGAAGGACCUGAUUACGGUGAUGCGCUGCUUGGGAACCAGUCCCACCUUCAGCGAGGUGGAGCGACACCUGCAGAUCCACAAGAUAGAUAAGAACGGAGAACUAGAUUUUUCAACCUUCCUAACUAUGAUGCAUAGGCAGACUCAGCAAGAAGACCCCAAAAACGAGAUUCUGGAGGCCAUGCGCAUGACAGACAUCCUGGCUUCUGAGCUGAGGGCCAAGCUCACAGGCCUUGGGGAGAAGCUCACAGACAGGGAGGUGGAUGAGCUGUUCCGUGAAGCCAACGUGGGCCCUGAUGGCCGUGUGCACUACGAAGAGUUCAGCAAGAUGGUCACGCUGCCCCCUGUUGACUACUGAACCAGAUGUAACUGGUUCCUGCUGCCUCAUGGGACGCUGGCAUUGUCUGUCACCCCCUUCCACUAAAUAACCCCCCCCCCCCACACACACACACACACACACCAAAAAAACGCUCUCGCAGUUUGAGAGGCCAGGCCAUUCACUGCUUAUGGCCCAUCUCAGCACAGUCCUGCUGUUCAUGUAUAUCCUUAGAUGACAUGAUUAUUAUUUAGUAUAACUUCAUAGUAAAUAAAAUAUUUAUGUGACCAAUAAAUAAUGUU